AUGUUAGAGCUAGAGGGCGUGAAAACUCUUGUCCAGGAGAAGUUGCAUUGGCAAGAACAGGCCUCUCGCCUCAGCACAGAUAUCCGUGAAGUGGAAAAGCAGCGUGACCAUUUCCACCGGGAAAUGGUGAAGUUUCGAGACAAGGCAACGAUGCUCGAGACGAAGGUUGAGCGACUGGAACUGAAAGUAUCUGACUUAGAGCGUAGUCAGAAUAGCACGAAUGGUCCUCCGUCAGCCCGGUGGAAGACUGAGAGAGUCUUGGUAUUUCAACGCCCGAUUCACUUUGCCAAUGCAUUCGCAUGGCGACAGCCCAUACCGUCGAGCGCUAAUAGCUACCAGCCAUCCAGUGUUCUCCAGAACAGCGGUGAUGGCGUGAUUGACUUACCUGCAGAUGACUAUGAGACCCCAGUUAUCAAGAAGGAAAAUGGAGAGGGUGCCAGCGCUAUCCGCAAAGAUGACAGUGAUCUUUCAACCAUACGUUCCAAACCGAGACCAGCGUCCAGGAUCGGUGCAUUGGACAGAGACGCGGACUCGGAGAGCUCUCGCGGUACGAGUCGAGCGCAAGAUGGUGCCGAGCCUGAAUCCGAAGCGAAAGCAGAGGACUUGAUCGAUUUCUCAAGGUUCAUACCGGACGGCAUGGAUCUAAACGGCGCAGACGAAGUUGUUAUCACUGCCGUUGACUGUUUGCCCCCGCCCCCGCCAUCGCUCUCUCUGAAACGCAAACGUUCGCAGUCUCCCUCGGACCCCGUCUUGCCGCCUACUCCCUUGUCAAGCCGGUCUGUCUCUGUCGACUUCUCUGAUGCGGGGCCAGGUGGAGGGGUUGACGAUGACAUGGAUGGAUGGGGUUCAGAGCUGACGGACCUGACGGAUUCUGAGGAGGAAGGGAGCCGGGCUGCCAGCCCCGUUCUCCGCCUCCGCGGAAGGGAUACAAUGGACAGUACCCCCGUCCGGAUCAAAGUUGAAGAAACCAUCGUCGCGUCCGGCGACACGCUCAACCGGCACCUAGAUGGCCUCAAGCCCCUCCCCGUGGCGACGGGGAGCAACCUCGUCACCCGGCUCGCCUUCAGCCGCGCCGCGAAGGGCAGCACCAUGAAGUUCCUCGUACCUAUCACACCCGCGCCGGGCUCGAGACUACCCGCGAACAAGAACUGGGACGGCUCGACGUGGGGCGUUGUAUGGCCGCAAUUGGAUCGGAAUCCGUAUAUGCCGCGUCACCCAGGCGAGCCGGGGGUCCUGUUCUCGAUGCAUAUGGAGCUGGCGGAGAGACCGUGGUGGGCGGUGUUCCGCCCCAGGUCGAUGACCGUGAAGGUGGAGGAUGAGGAGGGGAGGACACAGCAGAAGAAGACCGCUGGAUGGGAGUAUCUGGGAGACUAUGCUUUCCGGCAUGUUGGGCGUUUUUCGGCGGCGGAGUUUAGGGCUCAGAGACCAAAGGUGAAGGAGUGGUGGUCGGCGAAGGUUCUCAAGGCGAAAAAGUCGCCACACUACGUGGCGAUCCGGGCAAGGAUUUACUUGCGGAAACAGUCCAGACCUGUCACUAACGCCACGGUCGAAGAAAUCAAGACCGGGCUUGUCUCGACUGCAGGCCUGACAGUGGAAGAUGCCAUUGAGGUGUGGGCACUGGAGUGUAUAUGGUACGACCACGAAUUCAACCGGUCCCUUGCCGGUUUGUCAGGUGGUGCGCCUGUUACGACCGCGACGAGGACACCCCAGCGCAAUAAGAAACGCAAACGCGUCAAGCAGUCUACAAGUGUCAGCCCAUCUCUUGGACCAGUACUCGAUAACCCAGAGGCCUCCGCCCAUAAACGCGAGCCGUCUUGCACCCCAAGAAGGUCAAGCAGGGUACCGAAGCCGAAAAGCCAGGAGGACGUGUACGAGUCCGGCUCUCCAGAACUGGGCGAAGAGGAGGGCAGCCGUACGGAAGAGAUGAGCGUCCGACGGGCGAUUCUGGAGGAUGAGCUGGAUAUACGCAUCCGACUGAGUGGCGGUCGUCCUACUAAGUGA